AUGGAGGAGACACUUGACUUAAGGUGUACUUUGCUAGCUCGUGUUGGUGGUAAGCUAGUCAGAGGGGCCCACUGGGAAUACAAGGAUGGGAUUACUACUGAAAUCAAGGUAGACCUAGAUUCCUACACCUUUUAUGAAUUCAUGGAUGUAAUUAAGGAGAUAGGAUAUACAGUUCAAAAAGAUAACAUUAGUGUGUAUUAUACACUUCCUCCUGACAUCAACAAUGGGUUAGUUGCAUUGAGAAAUCAUGAUGAUAUGGUUAACGUGUUUGUAGCACAUUUGUUGAAUGGUAUCAAGUAUUUCUGUAUUGAUAUUUAUGUUGACUGCCCUAACGUGGUUGAUUCAGAGGAUGAGGAGUUUAGAGGUGUAGACCAGGGUUGUAUAACUGAGUUGAGAGGUGACCAAGAAGUAGGAGAAGGAGAAGGAGAAGGAGAAGGGCAGGGAGGUGGUCAUCAAUAUGGAGAAGUAGGAGAAGGAGAAGGCGAGGGAGGUGGUGAUCAAGAUGGAGAAGUAGGAGUUGGAGUUGAAGGUGUGGAUGCAAAUAAAACUGGUGAAAUGGAUGAUGAUGAUGAUAGCUCAAACAUGGGGGUGGAUGAGUCUUUUGAUGAGGAACAAGAGGAGAGUAUUCCCUUGGUAGGUUUAGGGAAAAGCUUACUUAGGAGUUUAGGUGAACAAGAAAAUGAUGGUAGUUCUGAUAGUGAUGAUGACAACAUUGCACCUGAGGUUGAUGAAAAUGGGAGGCCCAUUUUUCUUGAGUUCAAAGAGAGUUACAUGAACAAACCUCAGUUAAUAGAAGGGAUGAAAUUUCUUAAUGUGGUAGCUUUUAGGAAAUUAUUGUGGGAAUACCACACAAAGGAGGGCUAUGAGUUCAAAUUUUUAAAGAAUGAGUCUAGGAGGGUAACUGUAAAGUGUGCACAUGAUUGUGGCUUUAGACUUCUUGCCUCUUCUAUGUAUGAAGAGAGAUCCUUCCAAAUUAAAAAGAUAGAUCAACAACAUUCAUGUACCAGGACAUACACUAAUAAUAAUGCAACCUCAUCUUGGCUUUCCCAGAGAUACUUAGCCAAAUUUAGUGAUGCUUUUGAGACUAAGGUCAGUUCAAUGAAGAAAACUAUUAGGAGGGAAUGGUUGUUGAAUGUUUUAGAGAACAAAGUGUACAGGGCAAAGAGAAAGGCACUUAAACUUAUAAGGGGAGAUCAUAGAGGCCAGUAUGCCAGGUUGUGGGAUUAUUGUGAGAUGGUUAGAAUACAAAAUCCAAGUAGUACUGCUAAGAUUAAGGUGGAUACAGAAUCAUUGCUAGAGGGAGAACCAGUGUUUGAAAGGAUUUUCAUAAGUUAUGAUGGACAGCUGAGGGGAUUUCUAUUAGGUUGCAGACCAAUAAUUGGGUUAGAUGCCUGUUUUCUGAAAGGUCCCUUUGGAGGUCAUUUGAUGCAUGCAGUUGCAAGAGAUGCCAACAAUCAGAUGUUUCCUUUGGCAUUUGCUGUUGUGGAGUUUGAAACAAAGGCUAGCUGGACUUGGUUCAUGGGGUUGCUGGUAAAUAUGAUAGGAGAUCCAGAGGAAAGAGGAUGGUGCUUUGUCUCUGACAGGCAGAAGGGCUUGACACAAACAUUUGCAAAGUUGUACCCUAAUGUUGAACAUAGGAACAACAUUAGCCACAUGUACUCAAAUUUCUCAAAAGUGUACAAGGGUAAAGAAUGGAAAGACCUAAUGUGGAAGGUAGCAUCAGUGUACACAAUUCAAGAGUUUGAGUACCAUAUGAAUGCCAUUAAAGAAAUUGAUGAGGGUGCAUAUGAGUACUUGAUGAGUGAAGACCCUAAGACAUGGGCUAGGUGCAUGUAUGGGUUAAGGUCAAAAUGCAAUAGAAUGGACAACAACACUAGUGAGGCUUUCAAUCAAGCAAUCAAAGAUGCAAGGGAUGAACCAAUUCUGACCAUGUUGGAAAGUAUUAGAAGGUAUCUCAUGACAAGGUUGCAAAUUAGGAGGCAAAUGUGCAUGGGCUGUGAGGAUACCUUAUGUCCAAGGAUUAGGAAAAAGGUUGAGAAAACUUGCAAGCUGAUGAGGGAAUGUUAGGUUAUUUACAGUGGUGACAAGAUUUAUGAAGUAAUGACUGUACUCGGGACAUUUGUUGUGGACUUAAAUCAGAUGACUUGCACAUGCAGGAAGUGGGAUGUGUGUGGGAUACCAUGUCAACAUGGAAUGGCAGCAAUCAUCACUGACAAAUCUAAUCUUGAAGAGUUUGUUGAUGAGUGCUUCCAUAUCAAUAUUUUUGCCAAGACAUAUGACUUCACCAUCAAGCCAAUUCCUGACCAAACAAUGUGGGUUCGUAAGGACUUAGCUCCUAUAGAACCUCCUCUUUUUAGGGUCAAGAGUGGAAGACCAAAAAAGAAUAGGAGGAAAAGGCCUGAUGAACCAAAGAAUCCUACAGGAGGUCCCUCAAAAGGAGUCAAGAAGUAUUACACAUGCCUUAAAUGUAGAAUUUGCAAGCAGCCUGGCCACAAUUUCAGGACAUGUCCUCAAAAACCAACAAGCACAACUGUUGAACAAGUAAGAGCUGAAAUCAUU